AGGAUUCAAAUAAAACUUCCAACUUAGAAGUUGGUGCCAAAAUAGUGAGCAAGAAAAAUCUUAGUGACAAUCUAACUUCGACUGGUCAGAACACUAGAACGUUUGGUAGUGGUUACAUAUCAGCAGCCACCAAAAUAUUUGAUCAUUCGAUUUCAAGCCCGUUUCAAUUACAGAACAAAUCGCUUGGAUUUUCAAAUUAUGAGUCUUCUCCGCUGAAUAAAAACAUAUUUGGUUCAGGAUUCAUAAACACUGGAGAUUCAUUGAUGGGGAAAUUUGUUACUCAAGAAUCUCCUGUAACUUCAAUUUUCAAUGAUACUUCAUAUAAUGAAGAUGAAAAUAAUAGAGAAAGCAACACCGAAAAUGGAAUGUCUUUUGGAAUGGGAGCGAAUUCCUUGCUAUUGGAAAGAAGAUAUGAACGAUCAGUGUUAUUAUUGGUAAUUACUUUUUAG